GUUUGGGGGUGAUUUAUUGUAGUGUUGUACAAACACUAGUAUGUUUAUCCUGUCAGGUAUUCGGCGGAUUAAGAAAAAUCCGGGUUCUGUGGUGUUUCCGGGAAAGGAAGUAUACAUAACUAAGGUGACCCUGACCUUCGCACUUCCUGGAUCAUGGAUCGCCAAGCAGAACUCAGUGCAACAAUGAAAGACACGUGUGCAGCAACUGUAGAAACACCCAGUCGUCUGCUUAUCUUCUACCAACCAACCCUCAACACCAGUAUCUCCGCUUAUCUCCCUUCUUACGUCAUCAGACGACUUGUUGGAGAGAAGGUGACAAUAGGUCGACGCUCGAGUGCAGACGUUUGGUUGAAUGACGAGCGUAUGUCAAGAAUGGACGCUGAGAUAUGGAACGAUGGUAGAGAUCCGUUUGUCUUCAAAAUCCGUAAUAUCAGCGAGAGGAAGAUGGUGAUAGUCGACAGCAAAGUACUGAAUAAAGAUGACCAAGCCUCUUUCAAAGACAACUGCACCCUUAAACUUGAUUUUGUAGAACUUCUCCUAAAGGUGUGUCCUGGGGAUGCCAUUGCGGCGACCUACGAAGUCAGCGUUAUCAAGAACGCUGUCGUUGGCAGGGGCCCUCCUUGUGACCUCGGGUCUUCCCACGGAGACACGUUCCGAUCAACCGCCCUCCUGCGCUGUCUUAUGCCCCACGCAGACACCGAGGGGCGUCCUGCGUCUGGGAAGGGUUAUUCAAGUUCACGCCAAUCCCUUCCCCCGAGCCUCUAG